AUGUACGGUGACAAGUCAAGUGUUCGUUCUGCAGCGAAGCCACGCGAUUGGUGGACCUAUAUCAAACUUUUGCUGAAGGAGUUUUGUCGUGAGAGUUCAAUACAUGGCUUUAAAUACAUCGUUGGAUCCAACAGGGCCCUCAUAGAGAAAACAUGGUGGCUCGUCGUAUCCUGUCUGUCCCUGUACGGUUGUGGAAAUCUCAUCCACAACAUCUUCAACAAGUGGCAGCUCGAUCCGGUGAUUGUCAGCUUCGCCACCAAGCAGGUGCCGAUUUACAAGAUUCCGUUCCCAUCGGUGACGAUCUGUCCGGAGAUCAAGGUCAAGAUGUCGCAGCUUAACUUUACUCAAGCGUACUACGAUGCGAUCGCGGGUAGCCUAACGGAGCAGUCCGAUCCGGAGCGUAUAGGGAAGUUGCUGGCAAUGAUGCAGGUUUGCGACUUUAGCAUGUAUGACGUUUUUACCAACGAAACGUACGACGACGAUUGCAUCAAGAUGUUGAAACUGAUGAAACUUCAGCAAGAGGAGAUAUUCGUCGUGUGUCAGUGGCGUGGUGAGGCAGUUAAUUGCACGGAGAAGUUUCGACCGACGUUGACCGCUAAGGGGAUCUGCUACACCUUCAACUCGCUCUCAGCGGAAGAUAUGAUGCGCACGGAACAGCUCAAUACCGAGUACCGAUACGUGACGGAGACCCGUAACAUCUUGAACUGGAGCCUGGACCGGGGGUAUACUCCCGAAUCGACGCGAGGUGUCUAUCCUCAGCGAGUCCUGGGAGCGGGAAUCGGUGGAGGCUUGAACGUCUUGAUCAAAGCGAACGUCAGCGAUAUGGACAACCUUUGCAGCAAUACCUCAGGGUUCCGGGUGAUGCUGCACAUGCCGGUCGAGUAUCCGGAGCUAAACUUGCGCAGCUUCCGCAUGCCGCUGGAUCAAGAAGUGGUGGUUUCGGUGAUUCCAGAAGUUGUCAAGACUUCACCCGAAGUGAAGAGCUACACUCCGGAACGUCGGCAGUGUUACUAUUCAAACGAGCGAUAUCUGCGAUUCUUUCGGAUGUACAGUCUGGAGAACUGCCAGAUGGAAUGUCUCACAAAUUACACAAUUCAACGCUGUGGUUGCGUUAAGUACUCGAUGCCACGACCUCCGGAUGUUAGAAUCUGUGGUCUGACCAAGGUUAAAUGCUACAAAAGAGCUGCAACGGAAAUGCUCAUGUCCAGAGCGAAAAUGAUCAAGCUGGAGAAACCUCACUACAAGGACUCGUGCGAUUGCCUAGCCUCGUGUACUACAGUGCGCUAUCACAUCGAGCUGUCGCAGUCGAAUUUCAACUGGAAACAGCUGCUUCCGGUUGCCAAAGAGUUUGGAAAAUCACUGGAUGGGGUACAGAUUUCCAGCCUGGUGAUCAUGUUCAGGACGGAAGGAUUCAUUCCGGUGGUCCAGGAGCUGUACGGAACUACUGAUCUGUUGGCGAAUGCUGGGGGGUUGUUGGGACUGUUCAUGGGAAUUAGCAUUCUUAGUUUGGUUGAGAUUUUGUACUUUUGCUCAAUCAAACCCUUGCUUAUGUGGUGGAGAGGUGAUAUCGGGGUUAAGCAAGUGUGUUCCGUAAUAUCCUACAACAAUCAAGAAGGAUUCACCGAACGGGAAAAGUUCGCAUCGUACAACAUGGACAAGUUUUAUGUACAGUAA